AUGGCCCCCGUCUCCUCUGUUUCUGGCCCCCUUGCCAAGGACACCAUUGUGGUUGUUGGCUCUGGAGUUAUUGGCCUGACCACCGCCCUCAUCCUCGCGCGCCGCGGGUACAAGGUCGAGAUCAUCGCUCGCAACCUCCCCAGCGACCACCUCAGCCAGGACUGGGCGUCUCCUUGGGCUCAGGGCGCGAACUGGUGUCCCUUCUCCUCCGACCCGGACGUCUGCCGCUGGGAGACCGAGGGCCUUGCACGUAUCAAGGAGCUCAUCCCAACCGGCCUUGCUAUGGAGCUCCCUAUCUUGCGGUACGCCCCUAACGAGGACGGUCUCCACAAGCACUGGUACAAGGAUGUUGCUGCCGAUUAUCGUCAGCUCCCUGCAAGCGAGUGCCCGAAUGGCUCUGUUGGCGUGGCAUUCACGUCGGUCUCGGUCAACGUUCCAGUCUACCUGCGCUGGCUGGAGGCUCAGGCCAAGGCCCUUGGUGUCAAGAUUCGUCGCGCCGAGCUCCGUGCCCUCAGCGACGCUGUCCGCCGCAACACCGUGGCCGUCGUAAACGCUACUGGUCUGGGCGCGCUCAAGCUUGCCGACGUCCAGGACAGCAACGUAGAGCCCAUCCGGGGCCAGAUUGUCGUUGUUCGCGCUCCUGUCAAGCGCUGUGUGAUGGACUCUUCGCUCGCCCACGUCGACCCCACCCGCUCGACCUACAUUAUCCCUCGCCCCAACUCUGGCGGCGAGACCAUCUGCGGUGGAUGCUACGAGGUCGGCUCCUGGGAGAGGAAGGCGGACCCGGCCUUUUCUCGCAAGAUCCUGGAGAACUGCCUCGCCCGUGUCCCCGAGCUGUCCAAGGACGGAACCGUCGAGGGCAUCGAGAUUGUUCGCGAGUGCGUUGGCUUCCGCCCGUCGCGCGCUGGUGGACCCCGCCUCGAGCGUGAGAACCGCAAGAUCAACGGCCACGACGUUGCAUACGUCCACGCCUACGGUAUCGGUCCUGCGGGAUACCAGGCCAGCUGGGGUAUGGCCAAGGAGGCUGCCGACUUGGUAGGCGGCGCCGUACUCGACUUUGGCAACAAGCGCAAGGCGAAGCUCUGA